AGGACUUCUAGUGUCUAGAACCUUGCUUAUGAUGGCUAAGAUUUCUUUCACCCUUUUCUUCAUCCUUGCCCUUAUUUUCUCAGUUACAACAAUGGCGCCUCCUGUGAGUGCAACAGUGGUGACUGGAAAGGAGACAGAACAGAGAAGAUGUGAAGAGAUUCUGUAUAGAAAAGGUUGCACACUCCUUGAAUGCGGCAAGAAGUGCUACGAGAAGUACAUGAACAAGGGGGGAAAUGGGAAAUGCAUUUCCAAUGCUGAGAUGACUCGAUAUGCUUGCUAUUGCUUCUGGAACUGCUAACUGUUAAUCUAACAAGUUCUACGUUUUCACUGAAACGAAUAAUGUACUCAUGAUAGGUAGCCCUAAAGCACCAAACCUGUGUUGUCAACUGAAUU